CGAAUUGCGCUAGUGCGGCCGGACUGGAUUAAACAAACGGCCACUCUUGUAAAUAAAAGUGGUGCUAAGUUAGUUUUAACAACUGACAACGAUCGGGGGCGCGCGUGCAAUUUGAGGCUGCGGGAAGUCGUGCGCUGGUAAGCAGAGAGUGAGUUUGUAUUGAACACAGUGUGCGUGUGAAAGGAGGGGAUAUUUUACGUAAGCAGACUUUCGUAAAACAUAAAUGUUUAUGAUGAUUUUAAAUAUUUAAAUUUUCGAAAUGAAGAGUGAACGUGACUGUGGUGCCGCGAGUGCCUCAUUGUGCUUCCAACAAGCCGCCUCUUUGCACCACCAGCACGACUUGGCCCAGCAGCAGCAGCAACCGCUGCUGCAGCCGCCUCCGCAGCCGCCCCCGACGCACGGCCUCCUGCAGCAUGGCCCGCCGCAGACGGCCCCCGCCGUUCCGGCCCCCCUGCAGCCCGAUCAGCUCCCCCAGACUGAUGCCAAACUCGCCCCCGCUGACUCGAACGCAGGAGACAGCGGCGGGUUGAUGAGCAAAAAGGCCAGCUCGGGGAUGCGUCGGCAGGAAAAGCCGCCGUACUCGUACAUCGCGCUGAUCGUGAUGGCGAUCCAGAAUUCGCCGUCGAAGCGGAUGACGCUGAACGAGAUCUACCAGUUCCUGCAGCAGCGCUUCCCGUUCUUCCGCGGCUCGUACCAGGGCUGGAAGAACUCGGUGCGCCACAACCUGAGUCUGAACGAGUGCUUCAUCAAGCUGCCCAAGGGGCUCGGCCGCCCCGGCAAAGGUCACUACUGGACCAUCGACCCCGCCUCCGAGUACAUGUUCGAGGAGGGCUCGUUCCGGCGGAGGCCGCGGGGCUUCCGCCGCAAGUGCCAAACCCUCAAGUCGCCGUACGCGUAUUUCUCCAACUCGGCGGCGACCUCCGCGGCGCCGAUCAUGCCGCCGACCAGCGGCGCCCACUACGACCUCGUCCAUCAGCAGUCCAACCUCAUCAUGUCCCAGCAGUCGCAGCAGCAGCCCCCGCAGCAACAAUCGCAGCCUUCCUUUUUGCAGGAUUUCCACUUGGGCAACCCUGGCGGCACUUGUUCGUACGGAACACCGCAGAGCUCGAUGCUGACCACCAAUUACCAGGGUGGGACGGCCGACUACCUGGGAGUUGCAGAGCUGCACGCCUCGCACUACGGCCUCGACAAAGAUUGGGGCUACGGCGCCCCCAGCGCAGGGCCACUCCCGUCCAGCUCCUUCAUCAAGCCCUCGUUGAGUCCUCCAAACAACACAAUUGGCUCGCAACUCAUGCCUCAGGAUUUCAACACCAACUUUGUGCCGUACCCGAUGUGCCCCCAACCACCAAGUGACGUCGGACUUCAGAGGAACGGGGGCAAGAGCGACAAAAAACUGCACUAUGUGUCAAAUUUAUCUCCAACAAACAAUGUCAUGCAUCAGCAGUCGUACUAUGAUGCCAAAUAAAAUAAUUAUGCGGUGUUUGCCAAAUUUUCAGCCAACAAAAAUAAUUGCCUUAUUGUGCUGAAGCUUCCGCAUUUUUCUCAUAAAUAGAUUAAAUUUAAAAUAUUUUUAAUUUGUAACGGAACCGAAAAAUAUAUUAUGAUCUUUGAAAUAAAAAUGAAUCACAUUAGUCAACAAAAAUAAACUUUUCAUUUAC